AAUCCGUAACCACGAUCAAACAAAAAUGGAAAUGAAAUUAUUGUUGUAGCAUUGUAAAAUGGCUUGCGAUUGUUUGGAUGGAUUUGUGUGGAUUUCUAAUAAAGUAAUUAAUCUAGGAUUAAUACAUUUCAGAGAAAAAUAUUAGAAAACUAGUUAGUAAAGUAGCAUGAGUUAGAAAACACGUUCUGUUUAUAAAUUAAAGCAAAGAUGAGUGCAGUGUGAUCGGACGCGUAUUAGUUUAUUUUCUUAUAAUUUCCACAAUGACAUCAACACAAGAAUUCAAUUGUAUACUUUGUAAGGAAACCUUCGUGAAUAAGGAAGAUUUACAAAUACACUUCAGGAAACAUGGUGAUCCGAAGUUUAACCAAAGUUUGAAAAAGAACCGGCCACAAAAUGAGGCUCAAGCAUCAGCUGCGAAAAAAAAUGAAGAGGUGGAAAUGGUUAGCUGUGAUGUGUGCUCCGAAAUGUUCCCUACAAUAUCUAAAGCCAUCACUCACAAACACAAGAUGCACCCUGACCACGACGCGAAAUACUUCUGUCCUUGGUGUGGAAAACUAUUUACAAUGAAGCACCUAUACAACAAGCAUUUGCAAUCAAAUCAUGUGGAUGCAGAGCAGACAGACGACAGCCACUUCCACUGUGACGCUUGUAACGUUGACUUCUUCAUGCCAUCUGCUAUGUUAUACCACAAUAAGUUUUUCCAUAGACAAGACACAGACCUACCUAGUAUUGGUCAGUCAAAAAAAUUGAAGAUGUGCCCACAGAAUGUUGUGUUACAAAUAUAUUAUUGCUCUUUUUGUGGAGAUGAAUAUGACAACAAAGUUAACUUACAUAAACACAUAAAUGAUGAUCACAGUGAUGAGAAUCAAAGCCCUGAAGAUGUGUUACGAUGUCCAGUCUGUGAUGCAAUCUUCUUUCAUUUAGAUGCAUAUGAAUUGCACAUUACAUUUCACAGCAAAGAAGACUUGUACAGUGAGAAAAAUGAAAUGUUUGAGCAAUUGACAGAGUUUUCUUUAGAGACUGUCCCACCACAAAUGGAGAAAGUUGAAAAUGCUGAGCCCCAAGAUAUAGAAAGUGAAAUGCAAGCUGUUGGUGUGGAAACAUUUCUAGAGAGAGCUAUUGGUAACUCCCUCGACAAAACUGAAGAUGAACAUAGGGUUAAAACCAAAAAGCACAAAAAACAUAAAAAAUCAAAGAAGUCUGCUAUCACACUAAAUGAAUUUUUGAAUAUGAAUAAAGAUGUAUUUGGAGAAGGUUUGGACUUUCAGGGUGUAGAAGAAGUUCCAAGACAAGUAGUUACAAAAAGGUUAAAGCAAAAGAAACCAACAAUGGCUGCAAUCAAAUCAUUUGAGUCAUCAAAUUUAGAGAAACUUAAAAAGCAAGGUAUUAUAGUUAAAAUGAAACCUACGAAAAAACCAUUGCUGCAGAAAAUAGUUGUAGGGGAUAAAGUGCUAACUAAAAUACCUGCAAUUGAGAGUAAAUCCUCAACACAAAUACAGUCCACAUCUGAUGAAGUUUUAUCAAAGUUGAUCAAUCAGAGCAAUAAUCAAAUAAAAAUCGUUAAAAAGAUUUCAUCUCAAGAAAAUGCUGAGGAAUCUGAAGAGAACGAUAAAUCCUUUAAAACCAGUGAAGACCAAACAAAUGUCGGUGAAAGAGGACCGACACCAGAGAACAUAGAAGUAGAGUGCGAUGUUAAUGUGCCAAGUGAAACUACAUCUUCCGAAAAUGAAGCCAAGGAAGAAUCAACAUCGAAAGUUAAAACGGCGCAAACAAUAGCACAAAAUAAUUACCGUGAUGAUAGUGUGCACAAUGAUGUUAUCUGUCCUAAGAAAGAAGAGGCUAGUGCAAGUAAUAAAAGUGACGACGAUGAAGAUAGGCAUGACCAUGACCAUGUCGAAAAAGACAAUUUUAAUGAAGAAAAGAAUAUAACCCAGAAAACCGUCAUACCGCUACAUUCUAAAAAUAAGCUUAUUUCUGAAAAGCCUCCUUGUUCGACGAUUUCUAACAUGGAAGAUGCAAUUACCGCAAAAAAUGGAAGUAUAAAUAAUACUGAAGAUAAGACUGAAUGUGAUUUAGAAAGGAACUCAAAAAGUCCUGUAGAUCAGAACAAUACUCUUAAUGCUCUGAAACACUUAAGUCAUCUGAUCACAAUUAAACCAGUUUCUUCCAAAAAAGGAUCUGCUCCAGCUUCGCCAGCGCCAACACCUACUGAACAAAAAGAUUCUAGUUUUCUUGAACCACAAAAUGAUUCCGAUUUAGAUGAAAAAGACGGAAUACAGACGCCUGAAAAACAAAAAGAAAUCUACCCUGAACCGGUUAAGGAAAAAAAUGAAAGUACAUUAAAUAAAUUAGAACAUUUGAAAAAGUUGAGUAAGAACAUUACGAUCAAAUCUUUGUCACAUUCGCCGAAAAAUGAUAAAGAUAUGGAUUCGGAUGAUGAAGAAGAAACCAAUAAUACAUUAGAAAAAAAUACAUCAGUACUUAAUGUUUCAAACGCAAAUAAAGGAACUUCUCUAUCUAAAAAUCUAGAUUCUAAGUCGCAAUCUUCACCAGCCACAAAAACCCUUCAAAACCUGAAAGUUACUAAUGAGAAAGAGACUUUAAAAUCAUCUAAUAUUGAUCUCCUAAAACAUCUAUCUAAUGUCACAGCAAAACCGGUUAGCACAAUAAAAAACAAGGUGCAAGAAAGUAAUGCACCCAUUAAGAGAACUAUUGUUCCAAACUUAGUCAAGAAAGAAGAAAAGGAACAAGAAGUAGAAAUUUUUAAUAUUGAUGAUUCUGACGAUGAAGUACCUUCGAUUAACACUCCCCCUUCAAAACCAAAAGUAAGUGAAAAUACACCUAUUAAAUCCAUAGAGAAAUUAAAAAAUAUCAGUCAAAGUGUCAAUGUAAAAAGUAUAAAUCAGCAAGGACCGCCAUUGAGAAAAAAUAAUGUUCAACAAAUAAAAGUUGAGAAAAUGCCUAGUAAAGUACCUUUUUCCUUAUCUCAAUUUUCUGAAGACGAAGACGAUGAUAACCAAACAUUGAAUAAUUUAAUACCUGCUAACAAACAGACGCAAGCACUAAAAAAUGAUAAUCUUCAAAAGACUUUGAAGGGAUUGAGUAAACAUAUUACAAUUAAAUCGGGGAUACCUUCCCCAAGUCUAUCAGUUAAGUCUGGUAAAGACCAAGACCCCAAAGACACGUUCGAUGAAGAUCCGGACAACGCCGGCGACAGCGACUCUGACUCCUACAAAGGCGGCGUAAAAAUAUCAGAAAUAACUGAAGAUAACGGAAUGAGCGAUGAUGAUAUGGCGGAUCAAGUAGACAUGAAUGAAAUUGCCCCUGUAACGUCUCCUGCAGAACCACACAGCGACGAUGAUGACCAUGACUUCGACGACGAUCCUGAUGGCAACUUAUCCGAUCUCGAAUACCAUAUCAAAUCCAGUACACUCAAAAAGCCAACGAACAUCACAGCUCAAAUGCUAAAUUUACAGAAUAUGAAUAAAAACAUAACCAUCAAGUCACUGUCUGAAAAAAAGGGAUCAGCGCCUAAACUUGACCAAACUAAACCAAUGUUGAAUACUGAUCUCUCGAUAAAACCUUUCAAGCAAUCAAAACCCGAAACUCGAGAUGCGGUGGAAACUGCCGUGAACAAAAAAAUAAAGAACGCAUCACAAAUAGCUCGGUCGGUGAGUCAGAACACCGCCUCAUGUAGCCAACAAAAUACUGUAAAUAAAGAAGUGACUGUUAAAACCUUUCAAACAAAAACAGUUAUUCAAGAAAUUACGACCACUGUUACUAAAACUAUUAAAACAGUGAACCAAACUGUUAAGCAAGAGGUUCAAAACGUUCAAAGUAAUCAAACGGCGUUUCAAAGGGUGCAAGGAAUGAAGUCGUCCAAUCAAGUAAAAAAUUUCCAGGGUGUUACGGUCAAGCAGGCAACGCCUCCUGCGGGGACUAAAGUCAAGGGUGCAGCAGUUAAUAGACCGCCAAUUGGCACUCCCGUCAGGCCGUCUAAUCAGCUAGUUCCAGUAAGACCUUCCAAUCAGAUGGUCCCUGUUCGCCCUUCCAAUCAAAUUGUUCCUAUUCGGCCUUCCAAUCAAAUUGUCCCAGUAAGGCCAUCAAAUCAAAUCGUUCCUGUGAGGCCCUGCAACCAAUUAGUUCCUGUAAGACCGGCAACGAAUACAGCAAGGAUGAGUCGCCCCAGAAUGGCGGGCCCAAAGAAGGCUGUACCUUCGACGUCAGGAAACCAACAGAAACAAUUUAAAAUGUCCCCACAUGCAGUGAAUACGACAAAAAGGCCUACUGAUGAGCCUGCUGGACAUUUUAGCUGUUUCAAAAAACCGAAAGAAUCUUUGAUUCCUGUAUCUGACAUCCCGACUUUUACUAAUGACCAAAACAGUGAAGCAGUUGUUCAAUAUUCAUCUUCGCAAAUGAGUAAAUCUAACUUUAGCUCCUCUACGAAGACUGUCAAAGGUAGCAAAGUUGUGACUUCUACACAAAUGAGAUCGGAAAUGAGCGCCAGCACGCAACAGCUGGAAAGGCUGAAUAGCAUGUCUGGUUUAAAAGUAGUGAAAACUAGUCAAAUGAAAGCUUCAAAAGUUGAAGAAAAAUGUGAGUCUAGUGAACAGAGUGCUUCAAAGCGGAACACUUUAGAAGCAAUAGAGAAGUUGCAGAAGCAGGGACUUCUGGUGAAGAAACCACGUUUAGAUGUAAGUAAUGACAGUGACCAUUCAGAUGAAGAUAAUAACUACACAACUGAAGAGCCUGACGAUGAUUGAUAAAAAAAUCCUCCCCAAUUUAAACUAUUUUUACAUUAAUGUAAUACCUUGAUUUAGCACUAAAUACUUGUAUAAAUCUUGCUUAUGUAAUCAACUAAUAGUGAUGUACAUAAUAAGGAAAAUACUUAUCCUGGCAUGGUUUACCGACUGAUUGAAAAAUCUGCAAUUACAAUUUUCACAAUUAAGAAUGCAUUAUUUUUUUUCUGUUGACAAUUAAAUACAAUGUUAAUCUAUUAUUAGAAUAAUACAAGCGUAAUUUGUAUAUUUAUUAUUUCCUAAGAAAAUGAAGUUAGUUUUGGUGAUGUAAUGUAAAUAUAGAUGAUAAAUUAAAUAGCAAUAACAAAAUUAUUUUUUUCCUUUGUUGGGUUAAGAUUAAAUGCGUGUGAUCCUGCUUGUUCCUAGACAGUAGGAUCAACUUUACUACUUUACAUAUUAAAAUAUGUGAUUAUA